GACGUGCCGCCGCGUAGUCGCAGGCUGAAUGGGCGGUGGCAGAGCAUGUGUGCCUCACUGAGGUUGCUGCUCGGCUGGGACCCGAAGGUUGAAUGUCUCUCCGCAGCCGGACCGUGAAGCCCGCGGCUGCGAGAACGUGGCGGCGGAGAAGGCGGCAGAGGGCAGCCGGAGACAGGCCGGGAGCCCCUUUCCGAGGCUGACGGCCCCCGGCUACGCGAGAGUCAUGGCAUCGCUGGCGGAUCGAGUACGGGGCAACGGGCGCAUCGCCGCCGGGCUCCUACUCAACCUACUGGUGUCCAUCUGCAUUGUGUUCCUUAACAAAUGGAUCUAUGUCCACUACGGCUUCCCCAACAUGAGCCUGACCCUGGUGCACUUCGUGGUCACUUGGCUGGGCUUGUACGUCUGCCAGAAGCUGGACAUCUUUGCCCCCAAAAGUCUGCCGCCUUCCAAGCUCCUCCUCCUGGCCCUCAGCUUCUGUGGCUUCGUGGUCUUCACCAACUUAUCUUUGCAGAAUAACACCAUAGGCACCUAUCAGCUGGCCAAGGCCAUGACCACGCCGGUAAUCAUAGUCAUCCAGACCCUCUGCUACAAGAAAACCUUCUCCACCAAAAUACGGCUCACGCUGAUUCCUAUAACUUUAGGUGUAAUCCUAAAUUCUUAUUACGAUGUGAAGUUUAAUUUCCUUGGAACGGUGUUUGCUGCUCUUGGUGUUUUAGUUACAUCCCUUUAUCAAGUGUGGGUGGGAGCCAAACAGCAUGAAUUGCAAGUAAACUCGAUGCAGCUGCUGUACUACCAGGCCCCGAUGUCGUCUGCCAUGUUGGUGGUCGCUGUGCCUUUCUUUGAGCCGGUGUUCGCAGAAGGAGGAAUAUUCGGUCCCUGGUCAGUCUCUGCUUUGGUUAGACCGAAACCAUUGCUUUUGAAGUUGUUGAAGUCUGUUGGUGCACAGAAGGACACUUAUACUAUGAAAGAGGUUAUAUUUUAUCUUGGCCAGUAUAUCAUGGCUAAACGAUUAUAUGAUGAAAAACAACAACAUAUUGUGUAUUGUUCAAAUGAUCUUCUAGGGGAUUUGUUUGGAGUGCCAAGCUUCUCUGUGAAGGAGCACAGGAAAAUAUAUACAAUGAUCUACAGAAAUUUGGUAGUAGUCAGUCAGCAAGAUUCAGGCACGUCUAUGAGUGAAAACAGGUGUCACCUUGAAGGAGGGAGUAAUCAAAAGGACCUUGUGCAAGAGCUACAGGAAGAGAAACCUUCAUCUUCAGAUAUGGUUUCUAGACCAUCUACCUCAUCUAGGAGGAGAGCAGUUAGUGAGACAGAAGAAAAUUCAGAUGAAUUACCUGGUGACCGACAGAGAAAGCGCCACAAAUCUGAUAAUAUUUCCCUUUCCUUUGAUGAAAGCCUUGCUCUGUGUGUAAUAAGGGAGAUAUGUUGUGAAAGAAGCAGUAGCAGUGAAUCGACAGGAACUCCAUCAAAUCCGGAUCUGGAUGCUGGUGUAAGUGAACAUUCAGGUGAUUGGUUGGAUCAGGAUUCAGUUUCAGAUCAAUUCAGUGUAGAAUUUGAAGUUGAGUCUCUUGAUUCAGAAGAUUAUAGCCUUAGUGAAGAAGGACAAGAACUCUCAGAUGAAGAUGAUGAGGUAGUAUAUCGAGUUACUGUGUAUCAGGCAGGCGAGAGUGAUACAGAUUCAUUUGAGGAAGAUCCUGAAAUUUCCUUAGCUGACUAUUGGAAGUGUACUUCGUGCAAUGAAAUGAAUCCUCCCCUUCCACCUCAUUGCAACAGAUGUUGGGCCCUUCGUGAAAAUUGGCUUCCUGAAGAUAAAGGAAAAGAUAAAGGGAAAAUGUCUGAGAAAGCCAAACCAGGAGACUCGAUGCAAGAAGAAGAGGGCUUUGAUGUCCCUGACUGUAAGAAAUCUAUGGUCAGUGAUUCUAGAGAAUCAUGUGUUGAAGAAAAUGAUGAUAGAAUCACACAAGCCUCUCUUUCUCAAGAAAGUGAGGACUAUUCUCAACCAUCGACUUCUAAUAGCAUCAUUUACAGUAGCCAAGAAGAUGUCAAAGAGUUUGAGAGAGAAGAAGCACAAGACAAAGAAGAAAGCGUGGAGUCUAGUUUUCCCCUUAAUGCCAUUGAACCUUGUGUAAUUUGCCAGGGUCGACCUAAAAAUGGUUGCAUUGUCCAUGGCAAAACAGGACAUCUUAUGGCAUGCUUUACAUGUGCAAAGAAGUUAAAAAAGAGGAAUAAGCCCUGUCCAGUAUGUAGGCAACCCAUUCAAAUGAUUGUGCUAACUUAUUUCCCUUAGUUGACUACCUGUAAAAACAGAAUUAUAUAUUAUAAGCCUAAAAAUUUAGACGUGAAAUUUAUUUUUUUAGCUGUAUCAAAGCAAGAAAAUACUUUACAUGUAGAUUUCUUCCCAAUAGUGAUUAUUCCUUUUAGGAAAAUGACUAUUCUGUUGCUAUUUUAUAUUUGGCUUUCAGUGUAACUUAGAUUGGAUUUAGUACCUUUCAUGUAAAAAAAAAAAAAGUUCCUGUGAAAGAUUUAAUAUUUAAAUUUUAGAUACUCUUAAAGCUUCCAAUCCUUCGUUUCUGUAGUCUUUCAGAGACGCUUAAAAUACUGUAAGUCUCUUACAUACGAUGAUUUGGAACCUUUAAGUUGUGAAUUUGCUUCUUUUUUUUUUUUCAAGUUGUGAACUUUGAAAGGUGCAGACCCGCACUUGGACACUCAGCCCCUGAGCUCACGAGUCUUUUGUGUGUCUCCGUAAGCGUGCACCCUCUGCGGCUGGUGUACUGUACACGGCUGUGCGGAGCACAGUAGUACAGUGUUUUUUUAUUUAAAGCUCGGGAUGUCCAGAAGCAAGUGUUAGAGCUGGGGUGAUGUAGCUGUUACUGCUGAGAAGCCCCAAGUGAGGAGAAGGAGGUGGCAACCCAGUCCAGUAAUCGUGCCUGGAAAACCCCAUGGACAGAGGAGCCUGGCAGGCUCCACAGUCCAUGGGGUUGCAAGAGUCACACACGACUUAGCAGCUAAACCAUCCACCACUACAAAGUGAAUAUGUGCCUCAUAGUGUCUACAAAGGUUAUUUGCCAUAUACAGCAGGAGUAGCUAGUUUUUUGGGGGGAGGGUGGGAGUCAAGGAAGACUUGGGGUUAUUUUUUCAUUUUAUACUUACCCAUAAUGAGCACUGUUUUGACCAGUCCUGUUAAACCACGGAAAUGAAUAAAAUACUCUAAGUUUCAUAUGGCCAAGUUAAAGAAAGUACUGAGUGGUAACCGUGGACAUGAAAGUGAAAACAGUCGAGAGAGUGGACUGACAAGAGGGAAAAAGUAGCUGAAGAACCAGAGAGGUUCCCGACACAGGAAGUGGCACGGGGCUUUUCUUUGUGGAGGCACCGUCCGUUCUUGAGACCCAGGAGCUAAAUGCAGACCAGCACAUGAGGCGAGAAGGUUGCCGCUGCCGUUCAGAACGCACUCCAGCGUCACCGUGUCAUUUUAUGAGGAGGAAAAGCAGCUGCCAUCGAGACAUCCCUGGGUGGUUCUUCCAAGAGGGCAGACAGAGUUGAGUCCAGUAGGGAACCCGAACCUGUGCCGCCAGCGUCAGGCGUGGAUGCGAGGGCAGCUGGCUUCUCUCCUGGUGCUGGCCGUCCUUCGGCUCGACCGGCUCCCGCCCCCUCUCCCUCCAGUCAGUAACUCUCCUUGCCUGGUCACUUGCUGCCAGUCCUGGGUACCGUCUGAAGUGUAACAGUAUAGUCUACUGUUGUGGUUUUUUAAGGUACUGCUCUGUAAGAUGAAAAGGAUUUUAUUUUUUUUUUUGUUUUUGGUGUAUUAUUUGUGUGAAAAGUAUUAUAAACCUAUUACAAUAUAGUGCUAUGUAGCCAGUUGUGUUAGUUGGGUACCUAGGCUAACUCAGUUGAACUAAGGAACAUAUUGGACUUAACAAAUGUGCUCUUAGAACUUGUUUGUAUGUAGGGGACUUAGUGCACUCUUUCUAGAUAAAAGAAAUAUUGGUGCUGCAUAAGUAGCACUUACAUUACUCACUCUCCAGUCUCUUUGAUAUGGUCAAGGAUAGAAUAAACAGAAGACUUUGUUUUUAUACCAGCUGAAAAUGUCAUAACCUCUCUAAAUUGUCCAAAAAUUAUACAUUAUUUUAAGAAUGACAGAAUCAGAACAAAAUUCUAAAAUAACUCUCAAACUGUAUAGAGUAACAUCUUGAUCUAUAUUAAAUCUUCAACAGACUAGUGAAAGUAACUUUGAUUUACAAGGUCCCAGUGGUUUUCUCCUAUAUAUGAUAGUUGUACAUAAUCGAGUGAGGAUAACAAAAUCAACUGAACUGUGAGUUUAGGGUAGAACUGAGGGAUAGUUUGUACAGCAGUUACAGAGCGUGGUAUUAAACUUUAAAAAUAACUCCCCUUCACACACACAUACGACUUACCCAUGUGUAGAUAGGUAGGAAAUGGCUGAAUGGAUCAGUACUUUAGCCAGAGUGUUCCUCAAAUAGAGUAAAGCUUAAUUUGGGGUUUAUAAUACAUAAGCUAGGACUAAGUAGGAUUGAUCUCUGAGGAGAAAAAGAUUAUGAACACUGUAUAGUCUUCUCCGUAGCUGUGAGUUCCACAUCCAUGAAUUUUAACUUGGUUGGGAAAUAGGAAAAAGAUUCCAGAAAGUUUCAAAAAGAAAACUUGAAUUUGUUGUACACUUUCAACUACAUAGCAUUUGUGUUAUAUUAGGUGUUAUAAAUAAUCUAGAGAUCUAAAAGUAUAUGGGAGAAGAACUUUUGCAAAAGUUAUGUGCAAAACCAUAGUAGUUUUUUUUUUUUUUUUUGUGGUUUUUUUUUUUUUUUUUAACCAUAGUAUUUUAUAUAAGGGACUUGAGCUGCUUCAGAUUUUGGUAUCCCAGGGAUCGGGGGGAAUCUUAGAACCAAUCCCCUGUGGAUACUAAAGGACAGCUGUACAUUCAGGAUGUAUUAGUCAAAAAGUGGUAUUUACAAAACAUUCGAACUGUUGCAAAUAAUUUCAUUCAACAUACACAUGCAUUACUAAUGCAGUCUAGAUUGCCUAAAUAUUUUGAUGUAACAUAUGUAUUUAUUGAUUUACAAAUAAAAGAUCUACUAAGUGCUUAA